UAAUAAUUUCCUCUCUCAGUCUCUCUAUCUCUAAAAAACCAACGCUUUUAAUUCUAAUAAUUUGGAUAAGAGAAUUAACGAAUUAAAAACGUUAGAUUCCUUCGUAAAUUGAAGAAAUUUCGAAAGAAAUUGAUUUUAAGAGGUUUUUUUUGGGGGGAAAUCCGUGGUUUAAAAAUAUCAACAAUGGCCGAUUCGGGAAACAGAGAAUUUGUUGAUGACAAUCGUGCGGAUCAAAAUGGUGACGAAUUGUUCGAUUCAUCGCGUGAGGGAGUUGGAUCUGGAACAGGCACGAGGCAAAACGAUGAGAUAAGUAACGGAAUCGGACUCGCGGAACGAUUGACUGACAUAUUCGUUGAUGAAAACGACGGGGAUUUGUUGCUUCAACAGAGCGAUAGAGAGGAUAGGGUUCUUCAAUGGUUACAAGCUUUAGAUAUGCAAUUAAUCGGCGCCUGUCGAACCGAUGAGAGGCUAAAGCCUUUGUUGAAAGUCAACGUUUCAAACGGCAUCGCUGAGGAUCGAUUGUUAGCUCAUUUGAGUCAGCACUUUGAGCCAUCGGAAGUUGGUAUGCUGGCGAGGUGUUUCUGCAUACCUUUGGUUUCAGUUCGAGUAGGGAAGAUAAACAAACAAGGAACUCGUUUUCACCCUUGUGCUGUAAGGGGAAAUUUGAUUCUUACACUCUUGCCUACAUCGGACUUGCGCCUUUCAUUUGUUGGGGAUGACGGUCAAACUGAGAGACUGUUCAUCGUAAGUGAUGAAUAUCAGUGUGCUGCUGUUUCCAUCGAUGAGAUCCCAGCAGACCAUUCUGGACGAUCUUUCCUUGUGAAGAUCCCAGAUGGCAAAACUUUUUACUAUUGGUGCUCAGAGAAAUCAAAUCUCCUGGGGACUGAAUUGCUCUCAAAGAUGAAGGAUUUGAUAAAAAGAAAACCAUCAAUUGCUGAAUUGACUGGAAUCAGCGAGUCACGACUUGGCUGCUUUGUAACUCAGCUUAGAGCCUAUCUUGUUGGAUCAACAAUGAGUAGUACACAAGCAAGUUAUUCAGGUCAACCUUCACCUGAUUCCGUGCUCAACCCCAUCGAUGUGCACAGUGGACAAUCUUCAUCAACAACAUCAAAAUCUUUGCGAUCACGGAACACUAGCAGUCAAGUACUCAAGGUGAAUGCACUUUAUCAAGGUAGUUUAAGUCCAAGAUCAAGUUCUUUCAAAGAGGGUUUGACCCGAAACUUUUCUUCCUUGAGGAGCAAUGCCAGGGAGAAAUUACGACGGCGAGGAGAAAAUCAUCUUUCAGUAAGUGAGAGCCUUGCAAUUACUUCACCUAUUACUAAUGGUCCCUCUGAUGGUGGCAACCAAUGUCAAAAUGGAUCAUCGACUCUGCAACACUCGGCUGUUUCUGAAUUCCCAACCUCAUCAAUCGAGUCUAUGAAGCUUCCACCACUUUCUUCAAUAUUGCCAAUGAAUAGUUCUUCCAGCUUGUUGAACCCAGCAUCGCUUCUCGAUCUGGCCGAUAUCCCUUCAUUGGAUUUUCCAGCUUUCCUCCCUGAGCCUUUGGUCCGACUGCCAAUGGCAAGUUCACAACAAAUUCCAACCUUCACACCUUUGAUCUGUGAUCCCAUUGUUCAUAUUCCGGUCAUUGGCGUUUGCUCUUCAGGAGGACAAGGUUACUUGGUUAGCGCCGGCUCCUCCCUUUCAACAACAAUCCCACAGUUACAUCCACAACUCGUGAACACUGAAUCCGUGGUCGAGAAGGGUGCCAGAGAAACUCUUCGGCUGCUUAUCAGUGGUUCAACACAGAGUAACCCUCCAUUGAUCGAUGUAUUUCCAGCAGUUCUAACUAGUGCCGACGAGAAAAAAGGUAUCUUUGUUGCCGGAAGCCGUAGUCUGUACAGUGGAACUAGAGACGUUAACGCCAUUGCCGAAGGCAUUGCGGCCGUGAGUUUGAUUACACUUUCUUCCAGCUCCAUGGUAGAUAGUAUUAUAAAACGAUGUAGCAGCAGCAAUAUCUGUGACGAUCCUGAUGCAAAUAAGCUGAUGGAAUCUAGCGGCUCGGAUGAAUCGUGUUCGAAUAGUGAUGGUGCUAAACUUUCAGGCUUAAGACAAGAAGGUAUUGAUUAAAUAAUGAAUGUUCUGUUUCUUUUGUUCUUUGAAAAUGAAUAAUUGUAGAUAAAUGUAUCUGCAGUUUUGUCAUAAUUUAAUUGUAAUUAAAUCCCAAUCAUUUACCAU